GACCAAUGAACAUAGCCAGGGAUUUACUCCCCAUUGUGCCCAACUCUCCGGGCCUAAAACUGUCACAGAAACCUACAAAAGAUAUUUCCACAGGGGCAUUUCUGUAAAAACAGUAGAAUUACCUAACUCAACCACAACGACCACCACUGCCAGACGAGCUGAGCACACCAACUCAGUAGCAGCAGCUGGUGGCGAGAGAGAUCAAGUGACGUCAUUCAAAGUACACAUGGCAUCUUCUACCACUGACGCCGCAGACGACCGAAUCCCUCGUAUUGCAUCUACUAUUCGGGUCAUACAAGAUUUCCCAAAACCCGGGAUACAGUUUCAGGACAUAACAACGUUGUUGCUUGAUCCCAGGGCUUUUAAGGAUGCUAUCGAUCUGUUUGUUGAGAGAUAUAAAGACCAAAAUAUCAAUGUUGUUGCCGGUAUUGAAGCACGAGGUUUUAUAUUUGGCCCUCCUAUUGCCUUGGCUAUGGGGGCAAAGUUUGUUCCCAUGAGAAAACCUAAGAAAUUGCCUGGAGAGGUUAUUUCAGAAGAAUACUCUUUGGAGUAUGGUACAGAUAAAAUGGAGAUGCAUGUAGGGGCUGUACAAUCUGGAGAACGGGCUCUGGUAGUAGACGAUCUCAUUGCAACUGGAGGAACACUAAGUGCUGCAAUCAGGCUACUUGAGCGCGUUGGAGUUCAUGUUGUUGAAUGCGCAUGUGUUAUUGAAUUGCCCGAACUCAAGGGUCGGGACCGGCUAGGAGACAAACCACUUUUUGUUCUUAUAAGUUGAAUUUGGUCUGGGAAGCUGUCAUGGAAGAGCAAUAUGGAAGUUUGCUUCUGAUGUAAUAAAUUAGUUGUAGAAUUAAUAAGGACAUAAAAUUACUAUUACAAGGCAAGUGAAUCUUGUUUCUGAAGUGGGUUCACUUUUUCGUAUUGAUUGGUGGAACACAUUAAAGCUCGAGUUGGCUAUGACCGGCUGAUGAUUUUUAUGCGGCAUAUCACGGGAGAAGGAUGUUUGACUUUCGAGUCUUCCUACUGGUGUUAAGACGAUAGAACAUCCUUUUCAUUGUUAAUUUUGAUCAAAUUAUACUUGACAAUCAGCUAUGCAAUCUUUCUUUUCUUGGCACCGCUAUAGAAGAUCUCUCACUCGGUGUGAUUGUGUGUCC